AUCGAAUCCGGGCUACCACAUACAUAUUUUUUCAGCCAACUAAUUCUGCUGGAGCAGAAUUUUUUCCCCAACAAUUGGACUUUCAGGACUAACGCUUCCACUAGGCAGAGAAAAAGACGAAGCCGCAAUGCCACGCGACUAUGACAGGGACUACAACGAGGAUGCUGCCGACUAUAAGCGGAAGCGACGCGACGAGGAGCCAGCGGCGACCGGUGCCCCGGAAACUCCGGAGGCAGACUCCGGUGGACACACGACCAGCCACGCCGCCCUCCGGGACACGCCCCAACUGAAUGAGAAGACAAACGCCUAUCUACAGGAGUGCCUACUAGAGAAGAAGACGCUCGAGAAGAAGCAUAUUAUUACUAAGCGGCUGCUCGACGACGAAGUGGAGAAGAUCUUGGUCAGCGGGCGCAUACCAAAGCCCGAGAUCUAUGCCAACGUGUACAGCGAAAAGCCGAUACGCGUGGCACAAAAGGUGCUGUUCCCGAUUAAGGAGUACCCCAAAUUCAAUUUCGUUGGCAAAAUCCUGGGCCCAAAGGGCAACACGCUUCGCCAACUGCAAGAAGAGACCAUGUGCAAGAUGGUUGUCAUGGGACGCAACUCCAUGCGAGAUCACGGCAAAGAGGAGGAGCUGCGCAGCUCUGGGAAUCCAAAGUAUGCCCACCUCAGCCGAGAUCUGCAUGUGGAGAUAUCCACGGUGGCCCCACCAGCAGAGGCUUAUCACAGGAUCAGCUAUGCGCUGGGCGAGAUCCGCAAGUUUAUGAUACCCGAUGCCAACGACGACAUUCGGCUGGAGCAACUGCGUGAAAUGGAUGGCAAGGAGCGCAUGUACAAGAAGUCUCAUCACUAUUCCAAGUCUUAUGGCGAUCAUGGCGCCUACAGUUCACGCACACCACCUCCUGCUUCAUCCAAGCCCAAGGUCUAUUCGAUCCUGGAGAAGGCACGAUAUGUGAUGGACGAUCCAAACUAUGGAAUUGUCAAGACACACAGUAGAUCACGGGACCACGAGCUGUACGACCACCAUGGAGAAUACGACCGCUACGCGACACCGCCGCCCCAAACUUCGAAGCACUCGACCCACCACGCCCAGUAUGACAGCAGCUCCUACGAGCGCGACUACCGGCGUGAGUAUCACCCCCACUCGUCCUCCUCUUCCUACGCGGCGGCCUAUCCAGCAAAACCAAGCAACGGUCGUUCAUCAUCGUCAUAUCGACCAACAACCUCGGGCUCGGGAUCACAUUCAUCUGCUCACUACGAAACUGGAUCCCGAUCUCGUGAAAGCGUGCGUUAUCGCUCGGCUCCAUAUCCGAAAAUACGUUAACCCAUCGAUUUACCAAAACCCCCAAGAUACCAACCCCCAACAACUACUACAACAACCACAACUAAAAAAGUUAAGCAUAAAGAAUAAAAUAUAUAUAUUCCAAACCAAUAUCAAAAAUGUUUAAAGUCAACAAUCCAACUAUGCACACCUAUUAAAUAUACUAUCUAAACAAAAAUCAAAUGAAAAACGUAACUUUUUAUUGCAAUUGUUGUCCAAUAUUCGAAUUGUGUUUAAAACAAAAUCAUCAAUGCAACAAAUUUUAUCCUCGAAAUGAUUGUUAAAAAAAAAAAACAAAAACUUCAAACAAAUAAUUGCUAGUUAAAGCCAAUACAAAAAAGGAGAACAAAAAACACAAACAAAAAUCCCCAAAAACAAUAAAUUAAUCAAUGCGAAAUGUUAGUCUAAGCUUUGGAAAUAUUGUUUCAUAAGAUUAAUGAAUAUAAAACCAACAAUAAAAGCUAAAAGUAAACCCCAGAUAUAUGCCCAACGACAAAGUAAGUAUCGCCUGCGGACAGAAUGAUUAACAACAAACCACACUAUAAGCAGCAGUUAAAAAUUAACCAAAUGCCGGCUUCGUUACAAAUUCCCACGAGAAAUGAGUAUUGAGUAUUGUGAAACGUCCAACGUUGUCGUUUAUAUUUAUGAUUUCCUUUUAUUUUGUUUGUUUUCCUGCGAAUCAACAAUUGUUUUAUAUCUUAAUUAUUAUUUUUAACAUUUAACCAUUAGGCAGAUUAGAACUGAAUGUGUUUGCCGCAUAAAUAUCCCAGAAUAAAAAAUAAUAAUCGA